GCGGUAUUUAAACCCCGGCCCGACUCUCCCUAUCCAUCCUCUGCUUGACUCUUGUCUCUACUCUGUAUCUCUCCUCAGCAACAGGAAGCACUUCAUCCACCGCCAGCAUGUCCAAGGAGCCCAGUUCCGACUUGGAGAGCGCCAUGCAGAUGCUCAUCAAGACCUUCCAUAAGUACUCUGGGAAGGAGGGGGACAAGUACACCCUGAGCCGGGGGGAGCUCAAAGAGCUGCUGCUGGGGGAGCUAGGCAGCUACCUCGGGAGCGGCAAAGAUAAUGAGGGGGUGGAGAAGGUGAUGAACGACCUGGACGCCAACAACGACGGGGAGGUGGACUUCACCGAGUUCAUCAUCCUCAUGGGCGCCCUCACGGUGGCCUGCAACGACUUCUUCCUCGACGUCAAGACAGAAGACAAGCCCAAGGAAUAGCGGCCUUCCCCGCAGCCGCCGGCGCAAGAGAGAGAGAGAGAGAGAGAGAGAGAGAGGCAUAGAGAGAGAACAGUGUGCGCGUGCAUGUGUGUGUGUGUGUGUGUGAGGGAGGGA